GGCCAUAGAUGAAAAUGAUUAAACCGGACUUCAAAAAUCCUUCUUUAGAAAUCGACCUAAAACAGGAGAACAGAAUGGAUUGCAAGAUCUCAUUGCGUUUGUGUUUACUUUAUGUGUUGUUUUUGCUGUAUGUAAGCGGACUUGUGGGGGUUGUCGGUGCACAACCCACAGCGACUGCGUGGAUCGUAUCACCGGAGAGAGAUCAGAAGAUAGGUGGGCGGGUUGAGAUGAGGUGUGUCGCCUCAAACCUGGAGGAAAAUCACACCGUGGAGUGGAGGACUGAGAAUCUAACACUGAGAUGGGGUGACACUACUGUUGGAGGAAAUGAUCCACGAUUUAUGUUCGAGACAAAGCAGACAGGUAACAGGACAAUUACUCAAGAAUUCAACAUUAAUGAUUUACAAUCUGGUGACGAUGAUGAAUAUGUGUGUAAUGUUAAGGACCCAAUAGCUAGCGGAGGACAUAAGAUUCUUGUCAAUAUCACGAUCAGACUGAGAGUGUACUCCUCCAAUGAGUCCUUCCCUGUCUGCUCUCCCGACGGGCCCAUUACAGUAGACGCUAGGACACAGCUACAUUUGUCAUGUGCAUCCGAUACUGGUAGCCCCCACAUCGAUAUUUCUCAGCAAACGCCACCGACGGUGUUCAUCAGUUACCAAUGGCGAGUAUUAAUCAGCAGUGGACUAUCCUCCAGGUCAUUAGAUUUAAUUGUAGAUGUUAGCGAUGACAAUCUAACGUUCGUGUGUACUAUCCAAUCCGUGACUUUUUACGGUGAAUUACCGGUACACCUGCACUCUUGCAUCAUUGGACCCAUACAUGUAGUGUCAGUAUCUCCAACAUUCACAACACCACUCUCGGGACAAACAACUUCAAACCCAUUGACAAAGUUUCCCAGCAGCUCAACACCAGGCAGUGACUUGAACACAUCUCUCGUUGCAGGUGCAUCAGUAAGUGGAGUAGUUGCACUUGUCCUCAUUGCCUUCUUCAUUGUGAUCUGCCGAAGGAAGGGCCACUCUAUCAAAUCUAGGAAUAAAAAAACAAACACCAAUUCGACCUCGAACCAAACGAAAGUGGAAUUUCAAUCCGGCCUGUUGCAUAUAUAUGACAAUCCUGGAUUGGUUGGUCAAGACAAUCAGGAACCAGAUCAACAUAACGAGACAGGAAUUGCCGGUGAAAUUCCCUUGCAUGCAAAUCCAACAUCGGGCUGCAGCACUAGCACCUUACAAGCCUCUAAUACACCUGUGCCUGCUGAGGAGAGAGUUGAGAGCAAAAUGCUGCCUGUGUACGCAAAACCAAACAAAUCACAAGCCUCAAAGGAAAGCGAUCAAGGAGUGAAGAUUCUGCAUCCAGGUCAGUCAGGAGAGACUAUGGAGCAGAGAUACAGCAGUCCCGUCUUCGAUUCUACAGACCCCGAGAGUAUCACUGAUCAAUUGGAAGACAAGAUGCCCCAUAAGCCGAUAGCAAAGGUUCCACCGAUGACGAAAAUACCAUCGAAACCUCUUCCUUAUAAACCCAAACUGCAGCGUGUAAGUAAUCCGGAUGACAACACUCCAAACUACCCACGACCACCACCCACACAUCAGGAUGUUCCACCCCCAGCAGCAUCCAUGGACACUGGUCAAAUUGGAAGGAGCGAUGGACCACAGCCACUGACCAAUGCUGACGUUUCCUACGCUCAGAUCUCAGUCCCUGGGAAUCGGAGCAGUGCCAGGCCUAACCAAGACCCGACCACUGACCAGCCAUCCAGUGACCAUCUUGUCUACGCUGAUUUGUCUCUGCAAUCAUCAAAUCCAGCCACAGAUGAAGAUCAAGGGGAAGAGCCUGUAAUGUAUGCAAGGGUCAUGAAGAAAUAAGAAGACAGGUACCCAGUUACUCCUGGCUGGUUGGAGAGAGGCACAUCGGAGUAAAGUGACUCGCCUUGGCUGUUGAAAUAGCUUGUAGUUUAUCAACUGAUAUUCAUAGGGCCAUAAACGUUUGUAAAUUUCAGUUUUCAAGUAAUCAGUCUAAUUCAUCAAAAGUUUAUCAAAUUCUUGAUAAAUUGAAAUAAGUGCGAAUGUAAAAUAAACUGAAAGUAAUGGUUGUGCUUAAAUUUUGAUCAUCUGGGAAACUCAGAUUCGUUUUAAAUGCACUCAUAUCGUGUUUAGCUUUGCGGAAUUUGUUUAUUGAAAUCAUACUGCAUCUUUGUAUAAUUUGCAUUUUUUUACUCGAUCAGGAAAAGGCUUUGAGCCAUUUAUAUUUAUUGAAAAAGUGGCACAGGGAGUGUAACGCCAAUGCCGGAGUUUGUUGUUGCGAAAAUAUGUUUGUGCAUGGCUUGUAUUUUAUUGUCGCCAACGUGCAUGUGAAAUACUGAGCCGACAUUACAAUGAGUGUCUGGGUCAGUCAUUGUUAUGUCUGAGUUCAGUUUUUACCUGAGCUCUGACAUAGCCGACCCUGGUUAGCAUACGAAAGGGAAGCGGCAUUGAUACAUUUCAGCACUUUUGGCAUCUUUUAUAGGGUGAUCGUAUACUGGUCUGCCUACAUGGGAAAAAACUAGAUUUGUACGGAACGUAUAAGUCUUUGUCGAGGGUUCCAGUCUUCAUUGACACAUCAUUGAGCUACCUCUUAGAUACAGAUUAUUUAGGUAAAUAGAACGAUGUAUUAGGCGGAAGUUGAUUUGUUUAUUUCUCCUGAGUGUGUGGUGCUUCCACCAGGAAGGAGUCCUAUUUGCAGGUGCGCAACCUACGAUAACAGCGAUGAUCCUAACACCGGAGGCUGAUCGAAAGGAGGGUGGCUCGAUUGAGAUAAAGUGUGUUGCUAUCAACCUGACCUCAAAUCACACCGUAGAAUGGAGGACUGAAGAACCGGAGAUGGUUCUAAGAUUUGGAACCCAGACUUAUUGGACCAAUAGUCGCUUCAUGUUUGAAACACUUAUGACAGAAAAUGAAUAUAUUCAGGAAAUUUUUAUUGACCCUUUGCUCAGAAACGACCUGGAUGAGUAUAUAUGCAAUGUUCUUGACUUGACAAUCAACACAGGAAACAGAGUUGUUGCCACAGAUAGAGUGAAACUAUCAGUGUUGUACUUCCCAAAUGAACCCUUCCCUAUCUGCUCUCCUGAUGGAGCCAUUACAGUUAAUGUCGGCACUGAAUUAGACAUGCAAUGUUCAUCGGAGGCAGGUAACUCCGCUGUAAUGAUGGAAGUAUUGAAAACGGCAGAACUGUCCAAAAGCUACAUGUGGAUGAUUAUAACAAGCAAUAAUACCAUCACUGGGUCAUCCAAUUCGACGGUCGAUUAUACUGACAAUAACAUCAGAUUCCUGUGUGUCAUCUCCUCAGUGUAUUACCCUUGCAUGGUCCGCUCUUGCCAAAUAGGACCAAUCAAAGUAUGCGGUAGGGUACCUCUUGUUACUGGAUGGAAAUUGUGAGGAAGAUAUAAUGACAACUGAGAUAUCUAUGACAUCAUCUAACAUCCAGACACCAAUCGAGUGUAUCAAUAUUCAGCCAUCUCCCCCAACUUCAUGGAUCGCUGCCUUCGUGGUUGCUGUCGUUUUCCUUGCUCUCUCUUGUGUCAUUAUCAUCCUUUUGACCUGUAAAAAUUUCAAACAAAGAAGGCUCAUCAGUAGUCUAACUGAGAAAGUCAGUGUACUGGUGCCUAAAUCUGAUCCAUACACGGAGCUGCAUUCGACGGAUGACAGUAACACAGCAUACACAGAGCCGGUUACCAAAGGAUCGACCAGUACACGACAUACCUACUACAAUACACUUGACAUUGAGAAUGAAAAGACAGCAGAUGACUACGAACAACCCGAGGACAAAUAUGAAGCAGUUGGUGAUCCAAAGAGAAACCAGAACAAGAUUUGAAUAAUCAUACUUUAGACGUUAUCUGUUUGGUGUUUAUACACAACAAAAGUGUUGGCUGUAACAACAUGAAGUGUAAAGAUUUAGAAAGGAGCAAGGUCUUGUUAAUACAUCUCUUCUUUUUGAUGAAUAACUGACACGAAUAACUGAAAGUACUGAAUAAGUCAUGUAUUGUAGAAUCAUUGGCUUUGCACUGAGCUUCACCCAAGCAUAAUGUACCUUAGUUGUAUGCGUUCUGCAGGAUAUGCACUUAACAAAAAAUAAAAAUUGUUCUUGCUCCAGCAUUGCUAGGCGGUGCACUCAAGACGAGCGUUAUAUGUUAUGUUUAGUAAUUUGAGCUCUGCUUGUGGUUACUUUCCUUGUACAUAUACGACAAAUUGGUUCAAACGGGAAGUUGGAUCGAUGCAAACAAUUACUUACAUUGUUCCAACCUGGAAUUAGUUCACAUUAAUUGAAAAGGUUGCCUUACAUGUAUCUAAAAGUGGCCGUAGAUUAGAUUUUCAUUUGCGAAAUAAAUUCAUGUGGCUUUUAUUGUAAAUGGCUAUAGAAAAAUGAAUUGGCAUUAUGAAUGUCUAGGUUUGCUCUUGUUACGUUCCAGUUUAAUUUUACCUGAGCUCUGACAUAGCUGACCCUGAUUAGCAUAUGAGAAGAAAAGAGGGAGGGAUUCGUUACAGUGAAAGCACAGUAAGCGGAAACUGACAGAAAAAGAAAACUAGAUUUACACUGAACUUGUAGAAAUGUAAGGCUAAUUGUCGUAAGUAUUGGCUGACUUAACUGGAGAUAUUCUGGAUUGAUCAACAAAUCGCAGGCAAGCAGAGAGAUGGACGAAAUAAAACGUAUUGGUUUAUUCCUCCUGUGCACAUGGUGCUUGGAUCAGAAACGAGUCAUGAUUGCAGGUGCGCAACCUACGGUCGCAGCGAUGAUCGUAACACCGGAGACUGAUCGUAAGGAGGGUGGCUCGAUUGACAUGAAGUGUGUUGCUAUCAAUCUGACCUCAAAUCACACCGUAGAAUGGAGGACUGAAGAACCGCAGAUGAUUCUAAGAUUUGGUACCCAGACUUUUUGGACCGAUAGUCGCUUCAUGUUUGAAACACUUAUGACAGAAAAUGAAUAUAUUCAGGAAAUUGUUAUUGACCCUUUGCUCAGAAACGACACGGAUGAGUAUAUAUGUAAUGUUAUUGACUUGACAAUCAACACAGGAAACAGAGUUGUUGCUACAGAUAGAGUGAAACUAUCAGUGUUGUACUUCCCAAAUGAACCCUUCCCUAUCUGCUCCCCUGAUGAAUCCAUAAGAGUCGACGCUGGAACGGAAUUUAACAUGCAGUGCUCAACUGAGGCUGGUAACUCAGCAGUUAGGAUAACUGUUAACGACACAUCUUCUCGAUACGAUGCCAACCUCUCGGACUUUGUGGCCACUAAUGACACAUUAUCGGUUUCAUUAAAUCUAACUGUUUGUGCCACUGAUGUUAAUACCACAUUUGAGUGCACGAUUUCAUCUAAGUAUUACCCUAACAUGACACAAGCAUGUUUCAUCGGGCCAAUUAACGUCGUCGGUGCAACCAAAUCACAUGCUACGAGCUGUAUAACAACCACACCCUCAGACUCCAACCAGACCAUGAUGGAUCCUGUUGCAACAACACCUACUCCCUCAUUCUCUCACACGGCAAUAAUAGCAGGUGCUUCAGCGGGUGGAGUAGCUGCACUUGUCCUCUUAUUGGCCUUGGUCGUCAUUAGCCGAAAGUGUGGCUUUCUAAGUGCCAAUUCAACACCGGCAAAACACGACACUGACUCGAAGUCGAUGCCUUCAAUCAGUCAACAAGCUUCAGACGUGGCAACACGCAGAAAUGACGGAUUCGGCGCUUCGGUAAACCCAGACGCAGCAUCGGUGACGGGUCCCCCGUGUUCCACAGAUUCAGGCAAUUCAGGUAUCGAGAUUCGCACCCCUAUCAAAGAAACAAGCCAUGAUGACAGUACAAAGUUACGGGUGACUCCUCCUAGCACGGCAGCCGAAACAAGAUACCAAUCCUUUGACGCCACCCAACAGAAGUACAGCAAUCCUGUGUUCGAUUCUACUGACCCAGACAGUACUUCUGAACCAUCAGGACUUACACCCAUCACAGCUCUCAAACCGAUAGCCAAAGUUUCACCGACAGUUAAAGUUCCUAAGAAGCCAGAGCCUUAUAAACCUAAAGCACAGCGUGCGAGCAAGCACAAUGAAGUUACUGAUGACCUACAGGAAGGAGAUCACAAACCCUGACCCCACCCCCUACUUCUCCUCUAGCAACGCCGAACAAUGACGAGGUUUCUUACGCUCAGAUCUCGGUCCCUUCAAAACAGGAACAAAAUAGGCCUAGUCAAGAACCAUUUCUUAAUCAGCCAUCCAGUGACAAUAUGGUUUAUGCGGAUUUAGAUUUGAAGUAAAUUCAGUCUACAAGCAAACUGUGAAUUUGAAAGCACGAUAUGGGCAAAAUAAACCUUUUUAAAGUUUUUGUCAGCUUUCUUGUUGUUUAUAAUACCAACUCUUUUUCUUUGGUUAAAUUUGGCCCUGUCAUUCUCACGGCAUUAAAAAUUGUUUUCUUUUUUGAUCGCACCGCAGUCUUUACAUCAUUUUCGUCUACUUACAGAUUGUGUGUAUAUUUUGGAAGAUUAAAAUGUCACGGUUAUAAUGCUUCAUUUUCGGUGUAAUUAAUACAAGCACUCACUUUAUAAAGAUAAUGUAAAGCCUUAUGCUCUUUUCAACGAGUCAGUGUACAAAAUGAUAUGCACAAGUCAGUCAAAUUACUUAAAUUGUCUUGUACCAAACAACAUAAUUAUUACAUAUUACACUUUUGAGAGUAUAUAGCCAAGUGGCUCAAUGUAGUAGUUUUGCCGGUCUUACAUGAAACUGGGACUCCUAUUAUACAUCUAUAUUGUCUCAUUUGCCAAAUGGUCUGUGUGAGACAUGUGCAACGCGGUUAAUGAGUCCGUAUUUCAUGAAGUUCCGAUUUCACACCACACCUUUUCUUUUAUAAUCUGAUUUAUUUAUUGUUGGCAUUCUUAAGUCGUUAAAAAGUAAACAUGGGAUUGCUUUUGUUUAAGUGUUAAAUUCUAAAUCAAAUUUCGAUUUCGUCGUAAUUAUAUACUGUAUCAGUAAAAUCAAGAUAAAGAAAGAAAACUUUUUGUAAAUGUCUAACGAUGUCGCCGCAGACUUGAAAAGACUAUUAUUAAAAAAAAUUAUUUAGACGUACUGCUGCGCAGUCGUAUGCUACUAACAUUGAAAAAAACCAUGAUUGCACUUAUCUAAUUUUAAAUUUAACUGUUUUGUUAUCAGUUUAAAAGCUUUGUUAUGUAAGCGAUAUUUCGUAAGGUAAAAAAUGCUCUUGGGCAAUGCGCAUUAAUUUAAAAAAAUGCAUGAAUUCAUGUUAAGAAGUAAACUAUGUGGAUGUAUUAUGCAUGUAAAGGGCGAUAAGUUUAAUAGUAUUUUAAAUUUAAUAAUUAUUGCAGAUAGUCCCGAUUCUUAAAAACAAAACUACGGAGAUACAAAGACAUGCAGUACGGUUAAGCCUAAAUGGAAAACAGGACAAUGUUCAUACUAUGUAUAUAAUUAUAAUUUCCCCAAACAAGGAACUUCCUGCUGAAAUUCUUUGAUUUUUACGUCUAUUGUAACAAAAAAGCUAGAUCAAGUCUGUUUCAGUAAGGAUUACUAGAGCAAAAAUGCUAUCCGGAAUUUCAUGAACUUUGUUUUUAGACAGGCAUCGGUUCACCUUAUAAGUUAAACACGCAAUAUGUAACCUACAAAUAUUAAGUUUUUAGAACUGCUUUGUUUUACAGAAAAUUCAUGACAUUUAGCUCUCGAUAUAUUUUCAUGUAACAUUGCAGGACUUUCCUUAUAGUUUUUGUGUACUUUGUGAUCAAUACUUUGUUCAAUUAAUGACUUAAAAAUUCUUGUAUUCAUUUAAAGGGGUUGUUUGCUACUGAAACCAAACUUUUGCCAAACGCUCGCGGAAAACUGUAGAUGACGCGAAAUAUAUAGUUCUGCUGCCGCUG